AUGGCAGACGGCAUGUGGCGUCCGCCCAUCAACCGAUUGAUGCGAACGCUAGAUCGCUCGUUCUUCCAGAAAACGAUCGAGCUCAAGGCCGCACGGGUGUUCGAGAACAAGAACAUCACCAAAUGCAGAGCAGCUCUAGAGAGGAGUAAAGAUGCGCUCGCCCAGGAUCGGCUGGGCAGCGUGCAUCCUGACCCCGAUGCUGAACUGGCGAAAGCAGGCAAGAAGUGUAUUCUGUUGCGGCCCGAAAUCAGCCCUGACAGCGCGUCUGUUGCGAAGAUCAAUGGCGAGGCUGCGCAAGCCACUGGGUCAGAUGCAUUCUGGCCGCACUCUCCAACCGUGACGGAGCUUGUGAAAGAACAGCUGAUCUCAGUCGUACCCUUCCAACUGCAGCUGGAUUACAAUUACUGGACCUACCACGAUAUUAUAUCUUCCAUUUUGCCAGAGGACGAGCAGGGUGAGAUCCCAUCGGGCUUCACUCAGGUUGGCCAUGUCGCACACCUGAAUCUGCGAGAGGAAUAUCUCAAGUACAAGCACUUGAUUGCCGAGAUCCUGAUGGACAAGAACCCAACUGUGCGAACCGUUAUCAACAAGGUGGACGAUGUCGGCGAAGAGAGUGAGUACCGCACGUUUAGCUAUGAAGUACUUGCUGGGCCCGACGACAUGAACGUGACAAUCUCGGAGGAGAAUUGCACCUUCAGGUUCGAUUACAGCAAGGUCUACUGGAAUAGCAGACUCAACACCGAGCAUCGUCGGUUGGUUGCCCUGUUCAAGGAGGGCGACGCUGUCUGCGAUGUAAUGGCAGGAAUCGGUCCGUUCGCUGUGCCCGCUGGCAAGAAGAAGAUCUUUGUCUGGGCGAACGACCUCAACCCGGAUAGUUACUGCAGUAUGCUGGACGCUAUCAAGAGGAACAAAGUCUCCGAUUACGUGCGACCGUUCAACGAAGAUGGAAAGACGUUCAUACGCAGCGCUACCGCCCAUUUGGCGCAAAUGGACCAUCACGUUCAAAUCACCAAGAAGCCGUCGAGGAAGGACCCUCAGGUACACCCAGAGACCCUGCAAACUCUUGUACAGCCCAAGACAUUUCAGCACUUCGUUAUGAACCUUCCUGCAACGGCCAUCUCUUUCCUGCCCAGCUUCAUCGGCCUCUAUCCUGCAUGUGUUCGCCAGCACUUGCCGUCAGAUUUCGAGAUGCCCUUGGUACACGUUUAUUGCUUCAACACAAAGAGCGAUGACAAUGUCGAGGAGGGGUUCAAGAUCUGUGAGGAGAUUUCGAAACAGCUCGGGCAUGACGUGGCGCCUGGCAGAAUCGAAGACGGCCAUGUUCAAAUCUACGAUGUAAGAGACGUUGCGCCGAAGAAGCGCAUGUUCUGUGCCAGCUUCAGAUUGCCCAAGGACGUGGCUUUCAAGGACGUCUAG